AUGAGGACAUUUGGAUUUGGAGAUGUCGAUGACAAAGAUGAUGCUAAUACCAAUCAUAGAGCUCAUGAUGAUGACGAUCAUGUUGAUGAAGAUGAUGAUGACGCAGACGACGACAUGGAUCAAGAUCAUGAUAUUGAUGAUGACGACUAUCAUAACGCUAAUGGUGCUGAUGAUGAUGAUAGCACUCCUGAACUUAAUGAAGAUGGUGAUAAUGCUGUUAAUCAAGAUGACGUUGCUGUUGUUGAUGAAGAUCAUGUCAAUGAAGAUGUUGAUGACAACGAAGAUGAUGAUGAUGACAGUAAUGAAGCUAAUGAUGAUGAUGAUGUCGAUAAUGAACUAAACGUGCAGAAUACUGAAGAAACUGUGAAAAAUAAACUGAAUCAGUUUGAACAAGCAUGUGCUGAUCAAGCAACGAGAAAACACCUGCUAAAACUGCAGAAACUCCCAAAGAACAAAAAGCCUGGAAGUAUAACGAAGAAAAUUUAA